CCUCUGGUAAAACCUUUGUUUUGUAAGUCUGAAAUGCUUUGUGCGUAUUUGUGAGAUGUUUGCAUAAUGAUUAUGAAAAGUGAAGCACCUUUCUAAGUAAUGAGCUCUCUUGUUGUGAGAGGCGAGGUGUUAAUUUGGUUACGGAGUUUCACCGUUGCAGUGGUCCAAGAAGAAAUUAAAGCUAAUUUACAUAUGCAAGUCUUAGCUAUUUAACACCACUGACUGGUAAGCACACAGUUAGAAGAGAGCCAACCUACAUUAUGAAGCUGCUUAUCCAGGGGUUUUUGGCAGUGCUUCUACUGACUUCAGAAACGCUUGCAUCAUUUGAAAUACCUUCAGAUGACAGUGACUUGACAAAAUCAAUAUUGGAGGAGAAUCCUUCUUCAGGAGUUCAGUUCUAUAGUGAUAGCGACAGCGAGGAAGAAACUUCAGUGAAAAGUUACAGUGACACACAAUUAUCAGAUUCAUACGGACAGCCCCCCGCAGAGCCAUACAAUGAGCAUCUAUCAGUCCUUGAUGUCAUAUUAAGAAAAAGACGCACAGAAGCCUCUGUAAAACCAGAAGAGAAGGUGUUGGACAUUCCACGCGCAGACAAUCUCCCAAUAAAGGAUUAUGCUUCUGAAUACAUCUCAAGUAACAAUCCUCCGAGCAUUCAAGAGGGAAACGCAGAAAAGGCUUCAAAAGAGGAAAGACCUCAUUUGAAACCAAUUUUAUUUAAAAUAGAAUCAUCGACCAACCGAGACGAUAGUGUUGCUAAAGAUAAGCAAUUAGAGGAUGAUAAACCAAAGGAGGAAUCGGUAAAAAUAAUCCUCAAUCCCUUGAUCCAAGCUUCUCCAUGAAUC